AUGAACUCAACAACUGGACAAGGACAAUCAUCAUGCAGAAACCACGUGGAGGAUUUUGGGGAGCCAAUUGCUAUCAUUGGUAUGGCAAUGCGGCUACCGGGGGGUGUUCGAAGUGGAGAUGAAUUUUGGGAAAUGCUCGUGAAGAGACGAGAUGGGUUUUGUGAAGCACCUCCCUCGCGCUGCUCUAGAGAGGCAUCCAGCAGGCCCGAUUGUGGAGAUCUGAGCGGAAUGAAAAAAGGGUUCUUUUUGCAAGAAGAUCCAGCUUGUUUUGACGUUUCUUUCUUUUCUGUUCCUCCCCACGAGGCGGCGCGCCUGGACCCCCAGCAACGGCUCUUGCUAGAGGUGGUUUGGGAGUGUCUGGAGAACUCGGGCGAGACCAAGUGGCGCGGUAAAAAUAUCGGUUGCUUUGUUGGAGUUUUUGGUGAAGAUUGGCUAGAGAUAUCGCAUAAAGACCCCCAGCAUCUGAAUCAGGUAUAUCCCAUCGGCACCGGUGGUUUCGCGUUAGCAAACCAAGUGUCCUAUCGGUUUGAUCUUUUGGGUCCGAGCAUGACCAUUCAAACAGCUUGCUCUUCAUCCCUAGUAUGCCUGCACGAGGCCUGUCAAGCCAUCAGAUCUGGAGAGUGCUCCUCAGCUCUGGUAAGUGGGACAAGCCUUAUAUGGAGCCCAACCAUGACAGAUGCCAUGACGAAAAACAUGGUUCUAUCACCAAGUGGUAUAUCUCAUACCUUCGAUGCUGAGGCAGAUGGGUACGGUCGUGGCGAGGCGAUCAACUGCAUAUAUCUCAAACCAUUGCGGGAUGCGCUUCGUGACAACGACGCUAUCCGCGCCGUCAUCCGCUCCACAGUGAGCAACCAUGACGGCAAGACCCCUAUCCUCACUCAACCCUGUCCUAUAUCUCAAGAAAAGUUGAUCCGGCACGCAUAUCAGAUUGCGGGAAUUGAUGCAGUCCACGAAACACCUGUCUUCGAAUGCCAUGGGACUGGAACAGCUGUCGGCGAUGUCAUCGAAGCAUCAGUUGUUGCAAAGAUGACCCAAGGAGAUGCAACAUAUAUCACUGCGGUGAAGCCAAACGUCGGUCACUCAGAGGGUGCCUCAGGUAUCACAAGCAUCAUCAAGUCCGUUUUGUCACUGGAACACAAGAUGAUCGCACCCAAUAACCACUUCAAGACGCCGAAUCCCCAAAUUCCAUUCAAAGAGGCAAAUCUCCACGUGCCCCUAGAACCCACUCCGUGGCCUGCUGGCAGACCCGAAAGGAUUAGUGUAAAUUCGUUCGGUAUUGGGGGAUCUAAUGCCCACGCUAUUCUGGAGUCCGCCUCUACCAUCUCUUUGAAGUCUCAAACCACACCGCUUGGACUUUCCAAUCCACAGCUCUUGGUCCUGUCUGCACACACUGCAGACACUCUUCGCAAACGCGUUAACCAGAUUACCGACUAUGUAAAGAAUCACCCAGACCGCCUCCAAGACCUUUCAUACACUUUGGCUGCGCGGAGAUCUCAUCUUUCCCAGCGGGCUUUCGCCGUGGUGCAGCCGAGUACCCCGAUACUAGAUGAUACAGCGUUCUCGAUCUUUAACACUAGUUCCUCAAAUGUGAUCUUCGUGUUUACGGGCCAGGGAUCUCAAUGGCCAGGAAUGGGGCUAAGGCUUUUGUCUAGCUUCCCAAAUUUCAAGGAGGAUAUCAAAAGGAUGGAUGAAGCCCUCCAGCAGCUACCUGAUGGCCCGAAUUGGUUAUUAUAUGAUGAACUAAGGCAGGAGACUUCAGAUUCUCGGGUUCACGAAGCCGAGUUCUCUCAGCCUCUCUGUAUUGCACUCCAAAUCGGACUGGUAAAUAUUCUUCGGGGCUGGGGAAUUGAGCCAUCCACGGUUGUUGGGCAUUCUAGCGGAGAGAUUGUGGCCGCCUAUGCUGCCAGAGCCAUUUCUAUGAGAACUGCUAUCAUUAUAGCAUAUUAUCGAGGCAAAGUCGCAAAACCGAUGGAAGGCUUAGGCGCUAUGGUGGCCGUUGGCCUUGCCCCGGACGAAGUGACGCCGUACUUAACACCUGGGGUGGUUGUUGCCUGCCACAAUAGUCCACAUAGUGUGACCCUAUCAGGAGAUAAAGACUCGGUGGAGCGUGCGAUCGAAAGAAUUAAGGCGGCAAAUUCAGACACACUGUGCCGGCGGCUUACAGUGAAAAUUGCAUAUCACUCUGACCACAUGAAAAAGAUUGGCUGUGAAUAUGAAGGUCGUAUCUCUAGCCAUAUUAAACAUGAGCAGGGAAUGCUUCCUUUCUGCUCCAGCGUGACUGGCGAAACGAUCACCGACCCUCGCAAACUAGAUGCAUCAUACUGGCGACAGAAUCUGGAAUCGCCAGUACUGUUCACCGAGGCUAUCCAAACUCUACCUGCUAGUGGAACCCCGGUCUUCCUAGAAAUUGGGCCACACUCAGCCCUUGCCGCCCCUCUGCGACAACUCUUCCGAACUCUGCCAGCGAGGUCACCGGUCUAUAUUCCCACCUUGUUUAGGUAUGACGAGGAUGUCCAAAGCCAGCUACUCAGAACAGCAGGACAGGCCUAUGCAAGUGGGAUGCGAGUUGAUCUGCCAAGCAUAACCGAGCCGGGGAACACGUUGACAGACCUCCCACCUUAUCCUUGGCAACAUGAUCGCCCCUACUGGAGUGAGAGUCGACUGAGUAGGGAGUGGAGGCAGCGCAAGUUUCCGCAUCAUGAAAUCCUCGGUUCACGGGUCGUCGAUACCACAGACCAGGAGCCUUCUUGGCGCAAUCUAGUCACCCUGGACAAUGUGCCCUGGCUUUUGGAUCAUGUAAUCCAAGGGGCCGUCACAUUCCCUGGUGCUGGAUUUGUGGCGAUGGUAGGCGAGGCAGUCCAGCAGCUGCAUCCCGAGAACGACAGUUAUUCAGUGCGUAAUACGACAUUUGUAACGCCACUGCUAUUUCACGAGGGAGAUCAGAUCGAAAUGGUGACUAGCCUCAGUCCGGUCGAAGUGGCUGACAGAGUCUCAUCCGGUUGGUACGGCUUCAAAAUCAUCGUCCAUGAUGGAGAACGAUGGACACUGCAUUGCCAAGGCCAAGUAAGACCAGGGUUUGAUCAUCCUCCGGAGCCAUUCCCAAUCUCUUCCUAUAAGCGAGCUGUGCCAUCUGAAGGUCUUUACCGAGUGCUUCAAAGGAGUGGGAUAGAUUACGGUCCUCAGUUCCAGGGCCUGGAGCAGAUCACAGCCGAUCCCACUGGACCACGGGCAACUGCGACUGUCCUGGGUAACCGUGGACUGCCUGGGAGUAGGUAUUCGCUGCAUCCCACGGCGAUUGAUCAAUGUCUCCAACUCAUGGGUGUGGCCUGUGCCCAGGGCUUGCCGCGGCAUCUCACCACAAUUUAUGUUCCAGCGAUGAUAAAUCACUUGUUCAUUGGACCAGGGGGUUCACCUAUGCCAGCAAGCGCCCGAACCAAGAGCGGUACAAGGGAUGGCCAACUGGGGGAUGUCAUUGCCAUGCUUGAUGACCGGGUGGUCCUCUCUAUUCAAGGAGCUUACCUUUUCGCCUUGGAAAAUGAUAAUAUAGAUUCCGGAACUGGAGCCGCGGGCUCAGUAACCCAUCUUGAGUGGAAAUCGGACAUUGACUUUUUGCCUUCGUCGGCUCUUCUGUCUACACCGCAGGAUUAUACAUCACAGGCCAUGAAUAUUAAAGCCGUGGGCCAGCUAUCCGCGCUUUUUGUUCUGGAGGCGGCAGAGCAAAUUCGAGAUGUCGACCCAAUAUCACCACACUUCGCAAAGUGGAAGAAAUUCAUCCAGGACGCAGCUUUCAACAUGAAAGCAAAUGGACAACGAUCCAUCUACCCUGAGUCAUCUCAGUGGGCGUCGCUGAGUUCGGGAGAUAGACAAGAAAUGAUACAGAAGGUGAUAGCGGAGACCAAAUUUAGCUUUGAUGCUCCAAUUGCGGAUUGCAUGCGGGUCGUCUUCGAUAACUGCAGACAGUUUAUGUCUGGCGAAAGCAGCCCAUUGGAGGUCCUCAUGAAGGACAACUUGCUGCACAACUUCCAUGGCGCGCACACGCAGUAUGCCGAUUGGAAGCCGUUCCUACCGUUGCUCUGCCAUUUCAACCCUGGCCUACGGGUACUUGAGAUCGGUGCAGGUACCGGCUCUGCAACGGCAAUGGCUCUGGAGCUUCUCAAGUCUACGAGUGGAGAGCGUAUGUAUGGCCAGUAUGUUUUUACUGACAUCUCCUCCGGCUUUAUGGCUGCGGCAAUGGAGAGAUUCAGUCAUGAGCAGUGCAUGGAAUAUAAAGUCCUUGAUAUUACCAUGGACCCUGUUGAACAAGGGUUUGACCCUCAUAGCUUUGACUUGAUCAUCGCUUCCAAUGUUCUCCACGCCACCCCCAGUCUUCACUCGUCACUCUGUCAUGUGCAUUGUCUUCUAAAGCCCACCGGGCGCUUCUUACUGCAUGACACUAGCCCAGAAAUUUUAAUGCCAAAUUUCACCAUGGGUCCAUUUACCGGCUGGUGGCUCGGAGAGGAUGACGACCGAGCAGAGCAACCGUACAUUUCACCCGAGCGAUGGGAUCGGGAGUUACGAGCUGCCAGUUUCACUGGAACCGAUGUGACAGCUUAUGAUCAAAAGCCGCCGUAUCACAUAAACGUCAGCAUGUUGUCACGACCGGUGGACGAUAUCUCCAUCCCUAGCGAUAUCUGGCUGCUAACAAGCAAUCCUACCCCGUCCCAGUGGGCGAGUGAUGUUGAAUUACUGUUCCGCGACCAAGGCUACACCACUAACUGGACCACCUUGAAUCAAGAACCACUCAAAGGAAAAUUCAUCGUAUCUCUGCUGGAUCUUGAAGGGGUCCCAAUGGGCUCUCUGCCGAAGAGUGACUAUGAGGUAUUCCAACGAUACAUAGAGCAAGCGCAAGAAUGCCAAAUCCUGUGGGUCACGCAGUCGACCUCUCACACCUGCUCGGAUCCGAUGUUUGGCUUAAUCCAUGGGCUAGCCCGCACUUUACGGGCGGAGCUGAUGCUUGAUCUCUCAGUUUUGGAGGUUCCGGCAUGGGAUACGGAGGGCGCAAAGGCCGUAAUCCAAGUGUGCAAGAAGAUACAGAGAUCGCGCGCUCACUCCCUUCCUGAUUCAGAGUAUGAGUAUACAUUUCAUGAAGGCGAAAUCAAGAUCGGCCGGUACCACUGGACACCUCUUGUCGAGCAACUGUCAAGUCCACCUAGUUCAGAGGCGUCUCGAAAGCUAACUCUCACCACAUACGGAUUGUUGGAUACACUUCACUGGGCCGAGAAAGAGGCAUCCUAUGAGUUGAAUGAGGGACAGGUUGAAGUUGAGAUGGACUACGUUGGACUCAAUUUCAAGGAUAUGAUGGUUGCAAUGGGCUUUUUUGGGAACAAAGAGGAUUUAGGACUCGAAGGCAGCGGUAUUGUGCUUCAAGUUGGCCCUGAUGUGACGGACAUCAUGGUGGGAGAUCGUGUCGUCUUGAUGCAUUCUGGGGUGCUAGCCUCAAAUGUUGUGGUGCCCCAAGAGGCUUGUCUCAAGCUACCGCAGGGAUUGUCAAUGGCAGAUGCUGCCACUAUGUUAACAGCCUAUGUCACUGUUCUCUAUUCACUACUCGAAAUUGGUGCUUUGAGGAAAGGCCAGGCGAGUCUUCGUGUCCUUCGGAUAUUGAUGAUCUAUGCCACUGUUGGCAACGAUAAAAAGGUGGCCCAUUUGAUGGAGAACUUUGGUUUGCGCCGAGAACGGAUCUUCAACUCUCGUAAUACGUCCUUCCAACCAGACCUGAUGCGUGCCACCGCUGGACGAGGAGUGGAUGUAGUGCUCAAUUCGUUGUCGGGUAACUUACUACACGCUUCGUGGGAAUGCGUUGCGAAGUUCGGACGGAUGGUUGAACUGGGGAAACGCGACUUCAUAACUCAUGGAAUGCUUAAUAUGAGCCUUUUCGAAGCCAACCGAGCUUUCUUCGGCGUUGAUCUCGCACAUGUUUGCAAGGAGACUCCGGAGGUUCUCAAAAGCACCCUGGCAACAUUUUCAGACUGGUAUCGCCAAGGGAAAAUUGGACCUAUUCACCCUGUCAAAAUAUUUGACGCGGUCGAUAUUGUCAGUGCAUUUAGGUAUAUGCAGGCAGGCACUCACCUUGGCAAGAUUGUGGUGCGUAUGCCAUCCUCUGUGGAAAGUUUGCCUCCUCCUGUCGUGAAAACACUCCCGUCAUUCCGAUCCGACGCCGCUUAUCUGCUCAUUGGCGGACUCGGUGGGAUUGGGCGAUCCGUGUCAACAUGGAUGGUGGAGCAGAAUACGCGAGAGCUCGUCUUCCUCUCGCGGUCAGCUGGCAGAUCUGAGGAGGAUCAAGCAUUUAUUCAAGAACUUGAGGCGCAAAGUUGCCAAGUUACCUGUGUGCCAGGCAAUGUGACAAAUCCCAAAGAUGUAAAGGAGGCAGUUGCCAAAUGCACGCGGCCCCUUGCUGGUGUCCUCCAAAUGGCAGUUGACUUAAAGGAUCGGCCCUUCUUGCAGAUGAGCCACGAGGAGUGGGAGGGCGCGCUGGCUCCGAAAGUCGCUGGAACCUGGAACCUGCAUCAUGCCACAUUGCAACACUCACUCGAUUUCUUCGUCGUGUUUGGCUCGAUUUCCGGGAUAUGUGGUAACAGUGGCCAGGCCAAUUAUGCUGCAGCAACUACAUUUUUGGAAGCGUUCACCCGGUAUCGACGGCAGCAAGGACUCCCUUCUUCUAUCUUGCACCUCGGCGUGGUUGGAGAUGUGGGUGCCGCAAGUCGCAACUCCCGGUUCCUCCAGAGAGUGCACUCAAGCGCGCUACAUGUACUCCAUGAAGCUGAAGUGAUUGAUGGGCUCGCUACAGCGAUAAAUAUAUCUUCGCUUGGUGGUUAUGACUCGAAUGGGGUAAUGGCAAUCGGAAUCGCGCACACGAGACGCCGCGCCGAUCUCCCCAAGGAAGUCUUCCUCGGUGGAAGCGACGCGCGCUUUUCGAUUUAUCCCAACCUUGAGUCCACUAGUGCCGGCCUUGGCGGGGAUCAAUCCUCCCAUGCAAAUGCAUUAAAGGCUCUCCUAGCUCAGAUACAAGCAGAUCCCUCGCUGACGGGCAAGAUAGAGACUGAGGUCGCGUUGCUGAAAGAACUAGGGAAAUUUAUCAGCCAUAAUCUUACAGGACAGACGCAGGAUCAAGGGCCGGAUUCUGCAGAUGACACUGAGGCAAUGGCCGGUAUGGCAGUCGACUCUCUCAUGGCCAUAGAGGUUAGGAAUUGGCUGCGGAGGUCUUUGGGUGUGGAGAUUCCUACGGUGGAAAUCAACCGAGCAGGUACAUUAGGAGGUCUGGUAAAGGUCGUCUUGAAGGGACUGGGAGAGAAAUACGAUCAGCGUGCUACCUAA